AUGGAAACGCCUCAUGAAAACAGCUGCACAAAGUGGCAGUACAAUACUUCACAACGUUUCAAUCACUUUAACACAGAAAACGGUAAUGACAAGACUGGUCACACCUCAUGUACCCGUUACCGGACACCACACAUCAUUACGGGUGAAGGGGAGACGGACGGCCGGACGGACGAUUGGGUCAUGCAAGUGUUGGAGGCCAGCAACGCCUUUACACGCCGUUCUACCAGACCUCUGAGCCAACCCUCCCCCACUUUCCUCCUCCCACUCCUCAGUCUGGACAAUGUGGCGUCACCUAACGCCAGUCUCAUUAGUUAUGCAAGACGACGCGCGUCUGAAAGAGGCUAUCUGCCUGGUUGUGCGGAGCUUGAGCUGCAACCAACCCUGAACCCGAGUUCUUGCACCGACCCAAGAGCAGUGACUCCGCGCCGUGCGGUCGACGGCGCCGGCCGAGUCGACGAUGCUGAGUCACCCCAUGAGUUACGUGACCCCUACCCCGUCUCCCCCAACUGCCUUCACGUCAAGUGCGCUGCUCCCACGACAUAG